AUGAUGCUGAACAUCAAGUCCCUUCUUUUCUAUGCACUUACCCUAGCGCCCCUGAUCCUAGCGCAUCCCCAGGAUGACGGUAAAGGGAAGGGCGGGCACAAAGGAAAAGGCUACCUCACUGACCGAGAGGCAUAUGAUAUCGUUCAGCUGUUUUUCUCUUUCUUCGAGGCAGGAUUUGAUCCUGCAGUUGCCGAACGAACCCUGACCGAAGAUUUCGUUGAGCAAUCUGGAGGUUUGAACUUCCCUACGGGCCAGAAUUCUACCGCUACAACAUCCAAAGCUCAGUUUAUCGAGAGGCAAAUCGGCUCUACUGCCAACACGAUGACCGUUUACACCGCUCUUGACUGGUUUCAUGACUGCAGCAACAUAGCGGUCCACUGGGUAGAUAAUUCCGCGCCAGCCCAAGUGCUAGGAAUUGACUACCUUAUCCUUGAGAAAGAUACCCGUAGGAUCAAGAAGAGUUUCGUGGAAGCCAACAUCGGAGCGAUACUGUUCAAUGCCGGUUUUCCUGAGUGUCAAGGCCCAGCCCCUGCUUAA